AUGGGCACGGAGCAGGGGAGAGCCCCAGAGGCACGUGGGACGCCGGAGGUGGUCGGUGGACACACAAAGAUGAGCGCUGCUCCUGUGUCGCGGGGCGGCGAGCGCGCCUCCCCGUCUCCGCGCCCGCUCCACAACACCGCUCCACCCAGCCUGCUCCACAACACCGCUCCACCCAGCCCGCUCCACAACACCGCUCCACGCAGCCCGCUCCACAACACCGCUCCACCCAGCCUGCUCCACAACACCGCUCCACCCAGCCUGCUCCACAACACCGCUCCACCCAGCUCGCUCCACAACACCGCUCCACCCAGCCUGCUCCACAACACCGCUCCACCCAGCCCGCUCCACAACACCGCUCCACGCAGCCCGCUCCACAACACCGCUCCACCCAGCCUGCUCCACAACACCGCUCCACCCAGCCCGCUCCACAACACCGCUCCACGCAGCCCGCUCCACAACACCGCUCGACACAGCCUGCUCCACAACACCGCUCCACAACACUGCUCCACAACACCGCUCCACAACACCGCUCCACAACACUGCUCCACAACACCACUCCACAACACCGCUCCACCCAGCCCGCUCCACAACACCGCUCCACAACACUGCUCCACAACACCGCUCCACAACACCGCUCCACAACACCGCUCCACAACACCGCUCCACAACACUGCUCCACAACACCACUCCACAACACCGCUCCACCCAGCCCGCUCCACAACACCGCUCCACAACACUGCUCCACAACACCGCUCCACAACACCGCUCCACCCAGCCCGCUCCACAACACCGCUCCACAACACCGCUCCACGCAGCCUGCUCCACAACACCGCUCCACGCAGCCCGCUCCACAACACCGCUCCACAACACCGCUCCACCCAGCCCGCUCCAUUUGCCACGCGAGCAAGAGGGAAAUAA